AUGGCUGUCUCAGAGCUCACUUGCAUUUACUUUGCCCUCAACCUUCAGGAAAAUGAGGUUAUGGUCCUGUCCAAUGUAAACAUUGAAAGUCUCAUCUGCAAUGAAGGAGUUGGUGGACCUGCCCCAGCAGCUGGUGGUGCUGCCCCUGCUAGGGGUGCUGUUCCUGCUACCACAUCUGCCCCAGGUGAGGAGGAGAAAGAGCAAGCAAAUGAAGAAAAAUCUGAAGAGUCUGAUGAUGACAUGGAUUUUGGUCUGUUCAACUAA